GCGAAAAGAGCGAUCUGAGGAGGAGAGGCGCAUCUGGAGACAAUAGAAGGCAAUGCAGAGCUGCGCUUUGUCGCACUGAUCGAGGGCUGUGCCGUCAAAACACAGAAAUAUUGAGAUGAUGGAACGCUGAAUCUGGAUAUAUUCCCCGUUAUCUUGAACCGUGAGAUCUAAGAGGAAAGAUGAAUUCUGCUGAAGCGGCGGAGGACGGACCCAAUGAUUCAGACACGGAUGCCUUCUUCAAAACAGGGUCUUUCAGAAGUGAAGGAAUAAAAGCGUCUGAUGUCCUUCCUGUGCUGAGGGAAAAAAUAGCAUUUGUAUCAGGAGGUCGUGAUAAGAGAGGUGGCCCUAUCCUGACCUUUCCUGCCAGGAGUAACCAUGACCGAAUAAAACAAGAGGACCUGAGACGACUCGUAACAUACCUGUCCACUGUGCCCAGUGAGGACGUGUGUAAGAGGGGUUUCACUGUGAUUAUUGAUAUGCGUGGCUCUAAAUGGGACCUGAUAAAGCCUUUACUGAAGACCCUGCAGGAAGCGUUUCCAGCUGAGAUCUGCGUUGCUCUCAUCAUCAAACCAGACAACUUCUGGCAGAAACAGAAGACCAAUUUUGGCAGUGCCAAGUUCACUUUUGAGACUAGCAUGGUAUCAGUGGAGGGGUUGACCAAACUAGUGGACCCGUCACAGUUAACGGAUGACUUUGAGGGAUCUCUGGAAUAUAAUCAUGAGGAAUGGAUUGAGCUCCGAGUCGCUCUUGAGGAGUUCCUGGCCAGCGCUGUUCACCUUCUCUCCCGCCUGGAAGAUUUGCAGGAGAUGUUGGCUAAGAAAGAGUUCCCGGUGGAUGUGGAAGGCUCUCGGAGACUCAUCGAUGAGCACACUCAGCUGAAGAAGAAGGUGAUGAAGGCUCCCGUGGAAGAGCUGGACCACGAAGGCCAGAGACUCUUGCAGUGUAUCCGCUCCAGUGAUGGCUUCUCAGGGAGGAACUGUAUUUCUGGAAGUGCUGACUUCCAGAGUGUGGUUCCGAAGAUCGCCAGUCUGCUGGAUAAACUUCACAGCACCAGGCAGCACCUGCACCAGAUGUGGCACCUAAGAAAACUCAAGCUGGAUCAGUGUUUUCAGCUACGAUUGUUUGAACAGGAUGCAGAGAAGAUGUUUGACUGGAUCAGUCACAAUAAGGAAUUGUUUCUUCAGAGCCACACAGAAAUUGGUGUAAGCUACCAGCAUGCUGUGGAGCUGCAGACUCAACACAACCACUUCGCCAUGAACUCCAUGAAUGCAUAUGUGAACAUAAACCGCAUCAUGUCGGUGGCGUCGCGGCUGUCGGAGGCGGGUCACUACGCAUCUCAGCAGAUCAAACAGAUCAGCACUCAGCUCGAUCAGGAGUGGAAGAGCUUCGCGGCCGCUCUCGAUGAACGCAGCACCAUCCUCGCCAUGUCUGCGGUCUUCCAUCAGAAAUCCGAGCAGUUUCUGUCUGGUGUGGAAGCGUGGUGUAAGAUGUGCAGUGAGGGUGGGUUGCCGUCAGAAAUGCAAGAUCUGGAAUUGGCCAUUCAUCACCAUCAGACGCUCUAUGAACAGGUCACUCAAGCCUAUACAGAGGUGAGUCAGGAUGGUAAGGCUUUGCUGGAUGUUCUUCAGCGGCCGUUGAGUCCUGGUAACUCAGAGUCUCUGACUGCAACCGCUAACUACUCUAAAGCCGUGCACUGUAUUCUGGACGUGGUCCAUGAGGUCCUGCAUCACCAGAGACGUCUGGAGAGCAUCUGGCAGCAUCGUAAAGUCCGUCUGCAUCAGAGACUGCAGCUCUGUGUCUUCCAGCAAGACGUCCAACAGGUGAUUGACUGGAUAGAGAAUCACGGAGAGGCUUUCCUCAGUAAACACACAGGUGUGGGCAAAUCCCUGCACAGAGCCAGAGCCCUCCAGAAACGCCACGAUGACUUCGAGGAGGUGGCACAGAACACCUACACAAAUGCAGAUAAACUCCUGGAAGCGGCCGAGCAGUUGGCCCAGACGGGCGAGUGUGACCCUGAGGAGAUCUAUAAGGCGGCGCGACACCUGGAGGUCAGGAUCCAGGACUUCGUCAGAAGAGUUGAACAAAGAAAAUUACUGCUGGACAUGUCCGUCUCCUUCCACACACACACUAAAGAGUUGUGGACAUGGAUGGAGGACCUGCAGAAGGAGCUGCUGGAAGAAGUUUGUUCUGAUUCAGUUGAUUCGGUUCAGGAGCUGAUCAAACAGUUCCAGCAGCAGCAGACGGCCACACUGGAGGCCACACUCAAUGUCAUUAAAGAGGGAGAAGAUCUUAUGCAGCAACUCAGAGAUUCAGCGAUGAGCAGUAAUAAGAUGCCUCACACGAGCUCCAUCGCUCACAUCGAGGGCGUCCUCCAGCAGCUAGAGGAGGCCCAGGGCCACAUGGAGGAGCUCUUCCACGAGAGGAAGAUCAAACUGGACAUCUUCCUGCAACUACGCAUCUUUGAGCAGUACACCAUUGAGGUAACGGCAGAGUUAGACGCAUGGAAUGAGGACCUGGUUCGUCAGGUAAAUGAGUUUACUGCAGAAGAACCCAGUCUGGCUGAACAGAGACUCCAGCGGCACGCGGAGAGAAAACUGGCCAUGAACAACAUGACCUAUGAGGUCAUGCAGCAGGGUCAAGACCUGCAUCAGUACAUCAUGGAGGUCCAAGCUUCAGGUAUUGAGUUGACCGGUGAGAAGGAGGUGGAUCUGGCCACUCAAGUGCAGGAGCUGUUGGAGUUUCUAAAUGAGAAACAGCAUGAGCUGGACGUGAGCGCUGAACACACACAGAAACGCCUGGAGCAGUGUGUGCAGCUACGCCACCUGCAGGCUGAGGUUAAACAGGUUCUGGGUUGGAUUCGUAAUGGUGAGUCUAUGUUGGAUGCCAGUAUGGUGAACGCAAGUUCACUGUCAGAGGCCGAACAACUACAGAGAGAACAUGAGCAGUUCCAGCUCGCGAUAGAGUCUCUGUUCCAUGCUAACUCUCUUCAGAAGACCCAUCAGAGCGCACUACAGGUGCAGCAGAAGGCCGAGAUCAUGUUACAGGCUGGACACUUUGACCCUGAGGCCAUCCGCAGCUGUGCUGAGAAGGUGGCAGUGCACUGGCAGCAGCUCAUGUUAAAGAUGGAAGACAGACUCAAGCUGGUUAACGCCUCCGUGGCCUUCUACAAAACAUCAGAACAGGUGUGUAGCGUGCUGGAGAGUCUGGAGCAGGAGUACCGCAGAGAUGAGGACUGGUGUGGAGCUCAUGAUAAACUGGGAGCUUCAGCAGAGACGGAUCAUGUUCUGCCGCUCAUCAGCAAACACCUGGAGCAGAAAGAGGCUUUUCUCAAGGCAUGUACUCUGGCCAGGCGAAAUGCUGAGGUUUUUCUGAAAUACAUCCAUCGGAAUAACGUCAGCACUCAGGGAACAUCUAGCAACACCCGUGGCCCUGAGCAACAGGUCAAAGCCAUCCUGAAUGAACUGCUACAGAGGGAAAACAGAGUUCUGCAUUUCUGGACCAUGAAGAAGCGACGUCUGGAUCAGUGUCAGCAGUAUGUGGUGUUUGAACGCAGCGCCAAACAGGCAUUAGAGUGGAUCGAGGAGGCAGGAGAGGUCUAUCUCGCCUCUCACACAUCCCCAGGAGACUCUGUGGAGAAAACUCAGGAACUGCUGAAAGAGUAUGAAGAAUUCCGUGUGCCUGCCAAGCAAACUAAGGAGAAAGUGAAGAUGUUGAUCCAGCUGGCAGAUAAUUUUGUGGAGAAGGGACACACGCACGUCACCGAGCUGAAGAAGUGGGUGACGACAGUGGACAAGCGCUACAGAGACUUCUCCCUGCGCAUGGGCAAAUACCGCUGCAGUCUGGAGAACGCAUUGGGAAUCAGCUCUGAGGAUAACAAGGAUCUGGAGUUGGAUAUCAUUCCAGCCAGUCUGACUGACCCAGAAGUCAAACUGCGUGACCCCAACCACGAGAUCAACGAGGAAAAGAGGAAAUCAGCCCGGAAGAAAGAGUUUAUUAUAGCAGAACUGUUACAGACAGAAAAGGCUUAUGUGAGGGACUUACAUGAAUGUUUAGAGACGUAUUUGUGGGAGAUGACCAAUGGUGUCGAGGAAAUCCCUCCAGGAAUUGCCAACAAAGAGCACAUCAUCUUUGGAAACAUCCAGGAGAUUUACGACUUCCAUAAUAAUAUUUUCCUGAAAGAGCUCAUCAAUUAUGAGCAGUUACCUGAGGAUGUGGGCCAUUGCUUUGUUACAUGGGCUGAUAAGUUUAAUAUUUAUGUGACAUACUGCAAAAACAAACCAGAUUCCAGUCAGCUCAUCCUAGAGCAUGCUGGGACUUUUUUUGACGAGAUUCAGAAGAGACAUGGUCUGGCCAACUCUAUAUCAUCAUACCUCAUUAAACCUGUGCAGAGAAUCACUAAAUACCAGCUGCUGCUCAAGGAGCUGCUGUCCUGCUGUGAAGAAGGCAAGGGUGAAAUUAAGGACGGGCUGGAGGUCAUGUUGAGUGUGCCAAAAAGAGCCAACGAUGCCAUGCACGUCAGCAUGCUGGAGGGUUUUGAUGAGAAUCUGGAUGUUCAGGGUGAACUCAUCCUGCAGGACACCUUCCAAGUGUGGGACCCCAAAUCACUGAUCCGUAAGGGAAGAGACCGCCACCUCUUCCUCUUUGAGAUCUCCCUCGUCUUCAGCAAAGAAAUCAAAGACUCAGCGGGACGAUCCAAAUACAUCUACAAGAACAAACUACUGACAUCUGAAUUAGGGGUGACAGAACAUGUGGAAGGAGACCCGUGUAAAUUUGCCCUGUGGGUGGGACGCACACCCUCAUCCGACAACAAAACUGUUCUCAAGGCAUCCAGUAUUGAGGUGAAGCAAGAAUGGAUUAAAAACAUCCGAGAGGUCAUCCAGGAAAGAAUCAUUCACCUGAAGGGGGCGCUAAAAGAACCAAUCCAUGUUCCCAAAACCCCAGCCAAGCCCCGCAACAACAGCAAGAGGGAGGCUGGUGAGGAUGCUGACAGUCAGGGAGAUGGCAGCAGUCAGCCAGACACCAUCUCAAUCGCAUCCAGAACCUCUCAGAACACUGUAGACAGUGACAAGCUCUCUGGAGGGUGUGAGCUGACGGUGGUCCUGCAGGACUUCACGGCGAGCGGCGCUUCUGAGCUCAGCAUCCAGACCGGUCAGACGGUGGAGCUGUUGGAGCGGCCCAGCGACCGGCCGGGAUGGUGUCUGGUACGGACCACAGACAAGACCCCUCCACAGGAGGGACUGGUGCCCAGCAGUGCUCUCUGUAUCUCUCACUCUCGCAGCAGUGUGGAGAUGGACUGCUUUUUCCCAGCAGGCAAAGAAAACUAUGCGGUUAGCGGCCCAGAGGGGAAGACAGAGUCCGUGACCACACUGCAGCCGCAGGCGUCCCUGAACUCCCUGCAGAGCAGCUCCCCUGGACCCAAGCGUUCUGGGAAUACACUGAAGAAAUGGUUAACCAGCCCCGUUCGCCGCCUCAGUCACGGCAGCAACAUAAAGAAGAUCCCUAGCAAACAAAAGCAGAAGCGUGAUGGACGUAAGAGCAUCGAUCUGGGGCCGCCUGAACUACAGGAUGACACCCUGGAGGAGAGAGUGCGUAAAGAAGAGGGAACACUCUCCAAAUCUUCAUCAGGAAUGCACAGCGGAGGAGAGGAAGAGCCUGAGGAUGAGUCACACACUCCCCUCCCUCCACCAAUGGAGAUCAUCAAAGACCCGUCUGCUCAGGAAGAAAAGUCGUCUGUGCUGCUGGCUUCACGGCAGAGCUCGGCUGAUGUCCCCAGUGCUGCUGAGCUUGUCAGUGCUAUAGAAAAACUGGUCAAAACUAAAAUGACACUGGAGCCAGGCUCAUACCCAGGAUUCAGCUCAGUGAACCCAGCAGAGCAGAGCCCAGCACCACCCAGAAACCCUGAACUCGAGCAGAAAGCCAAAGCGCUGCGUGGACGAAUGUUUGUUGUGAAUGAAUUAAUCCAGACAGAAAAAGACUAUGUGAAAGAUUUGGGUAUCGUGGUUGAGGGGUUUAUGAAGAGAAUAGAGGAGAAAGGAGUUCCUGAUGACAUGAAAGGAAAAGAUAAGAUCGUCUUUGGAAAUAUUCACCAAAUCUACGACUGGCACAAAGAUUUUUUUGUUGGUGAAAUGGAAAAAUGUCUUGAAGAUCAUGAAAAACUGCCUGGGCUGUUCAGUAAACAUGAGAGAAGACUACACAUGUAUGUGGUUUACUGCCAGAACAAACCCAAAUCUGAAUUCAUUGUUGCAGAAUAUGAUUCAUUCUUCGAGGGGAUUCAGCAAGACGUCAACUCAAGACUGGGCAUCAGUGAUUAUCUCAUUAAACCCAUUCAGAGAAUUACUAAAUACCAACUUUUAUUAAAGGACUUCCUGAAAUACAGCGCAAAAGCAGGGCUGGAUUGUCAGGAUAUAGAGAAAGCAGUAGACCUAAUGUCCCAAGUGCCCAAGCUGUGCAAUGACAUGAUGAACCUGGGAAGACUGCAAGGAUUUGAGGGGAAGUUGACGAGUCAGGGGAAGCUCUUGCAGCAGGAGACGUUCUUUGUGACAGAGCAGGACUCUGGCGUUCUGUCCCGCAGUAAGGAGCGCAGGGUCUUCCUGUUCGAACAGAUCGUCAUCUUCAGCGAGCUUUUACGCAAAGGCUCAUCCACGCCAGGAUACCAGUUUAAAAAGAGCAUCAAGGUGAGCUUCCUUGGACUGGAAGAGCAUGUUGAAAAUGAUCCAUGUAAGUUUGUGCUGUCAUGUCGCGGGUCAGCCGAGCGUUUUACCCUUCAAGCGGCAAACACGGACAUUAAACAGGUCUGGGUUCAGCAUAUCACCGAGCUACUAGACUUACAGAACAACUUCUUGUCAGCUCUGCAGUCUCCCAUCGAGUAUCAUAAGGAGCGCAGCGGGUCUCAGUCUUUGACCCGAACCUCCUCCAGCAGUGGGCGAAUAGGUCAGUCCAACAGCAGGCCCAGCUCCACUGUGUCACUCGGGGCAGAGAAACCCUCUCUGUCUGGACGGAGCUCCACCCCAGUAAAGCUAACUACCUCCAACGGUGGUCCAUGCCACGACUCAGACAGAUACCACAAGCAGUUUGACGGUGUGGGCUGUAACGGUACGUCGUCCUCCUUGAUGGUGACUCAGGACUAUAAUGCACUGAAAGAGAACGAGAUCUGCGUCACACAGGGUGAGACGGUGCAGAUACUGGCCACUAACCAGCAGAACAUGUACCUGGUGUACCGACCCGCUAACAGCCAGUCGCCGGCCGCAGAGGGCUGGGUGCCGGGACACGUCCUGGGCCCCCUCACUAAACCCCUCAUAGACACUACUGCUGACUCAAACAUCAAGAAAUCUCUCUCGUGGAACACGCUUCGCGCUCGCAAGCGUGCAGAGAAGGACAGUGCGCCCCUCAAAAGUGACAUUAAAGUUGAGAAUGGACUGCGUAAGCCAAAGGAAAUUCUAAGCAGCAAAGUCACUGUAAAAGAUUCCCGCAGCUCAGAUGAGUCUGAUUGUGAGGAUGAACUAGACCCCAAAACUAGUAUGGAGUUACUGAACCCUAAUUUCAUCCAAGAGGUGGCUCCAGAGUUCCUGACCCCUCUAGCAGAUGUGACGUGUGCUCUGGGGGAGACGGUGGUUCUCUGCUGUAAAGUCUGCGCUCGACCCAAACCCACAAUCACCCUAAAAGGACCUGAUCAAAGUCUGCUGGUCAACAAUAAUCGAUUCACUAUCAAUAUCAGGGAAUCGGGUGAUAUAGUGUUGAAGAUCUGUAAUCUGAUGCCUCAGGAUACUGGCAUCUACACGUGUGUGGCUGUGAACGAUCAUGGCACUGCCUCCUCAUCUGCAUCAAUUAAAGUACAAGGUAUCCCAGCAGCCCCUGCUCGACCUGUGGCACAGGAAGCCAGCAGCACCGCAGUGAUUGUCCAUUGGCUUCCUCCAGCCAGCUCAGGAAACUCUGCCAUCUCCAGCUACACUGUGGAAUACAGGCAGGAAGACUCUCUGGUGUGGCAGCAGUCGGUGGUCUCCACUGCAGAUGUGUGUGUAAAGAUUGAGAAUCUGAUUCCCGGGGGCCAUUAUCAGUUCAGAGUUAGUGCCAGUAACCCCUGGGGCAUCAGCCCACCCAGUGAACCCUCUAACAUGGUGACAUUACCCAGCACAGCCUCAACAUAUGACGGCACUGGAAUCCAGUGGAAAGAAAACUUUGAUUCAGCAUUCACAGAAUUAUGUGAAAUUGGACGGGGUCGUUUCUCAGUGGUGAGGAAGUGUCUCAGUAAAGCCAGUAAGAAGGAGGUUGCUGUGAAGUUUGUCAAUAAGAAGAUGCAGAAGAAAGACCAGGUGGCCCAUGAGGCCGAUAUCCUGCGUCAUGUCCAGCAUCCACAGCUGGUGGCGCUGAUUGAUACCUAUGAGUCGCCCACGGCCUACAUGCUGGUUCUUGAGCUUGUUGAGGAUGGGCGUCUGCUGGACUAUCUAGUGGCUCACGAUGAGCUGAUGGAGGAGAAGGUGGGAUUCUUCAUUAAAGACACUCUGGAAGCUCUGCAGCACCUGCACACAUGCAGAGUAGCUCACCUGGACCUCAAGCCUGAAAACCUAUUGGUGGACCUCCACGUGCCCGUGCCCUGCGUGAAGCUCUCAGAUCUAGGCGAUGCUGUACAGGUUUCGGGUCACCGCUAUGUGCAUCUCCUCCUGGGGAACCCUGAGUUUGCCGCUCCAGAGCUCAUCCAGGGCACCCCGGUGUCCCUGUCCACAGACGUGUGGAGUGUAGGGGUGCUGGCCUACGUCAUGCUCAGCGGAGUCUCCCCGUUUCUGGAUGAGAGUCUGGAGGAGACCUGUGUCAACAUCUGCAGGCUGGACUUCUGCUUUCCUGAGGAGUACUUCAGUGGUGUUAGCCAGGCUGCCAAAGACUUCAUUGUGUCCACGCUCAACCACGACCCCAGGAAGAGGCCUAGCUCAGCCACGUGUCUGCAGCACCCGUGGGUCAGCGCUCAUAGUGGCGAUUACUCCAAAACACCAUUAGACACCGUCAGACUCGCUGCGUUUAUAGACCGACGCAAACAGCUACACGACGUCAGACCUGUGACAAACGUUAAAGGACUGGUCAGCAGCAGUAUGGGACACACCUUAUGAGACGAGAACUUGGGCUGGUGGAAAGAGAUUCUAGCAUGUUACAUGCUAUACGUCAACAUUAAAUGUCAUUUAUAUUAUAUCAUAUCAUUUGGAAUGUGCACUUACUGUACAAAGUGUUUCCUGUAGCGUUUAUUUGUCUGCUCCAUUAUGCCCAGUGAGACCUUUGGUGAUUAAUAGAUUGAGAAACUACAAGUAAACUGGAAUUGUUGGAAUUGCAGAGCUAGGAGUAGUAACAUCAUUGAAUGUCUUUAUUAAGGCUUAGAGUGAUGUGUUUUAGAACUUUGAGAGUCGUAAACAGACCAGUAGUUGGUUGUUAUUGUAUGUUUAGUUGUAUGAAGGGUUUUACAGGAAAAGUUUAACCAAAAAUGAGAAUUGGGUUAUCAUUUACUCAUGCUGUUCCAGACUCACAAGAGAUUUUUUUGACAAAUGUAAAUGCUGCUCUUUCCAUACAAUGAAAGUAAAUCAAAAAAGCUCUUAAAUCUCAUUUGUGUUUACAUAUAUUUAAAUAUGGCACAUCAGGUUUAACAUUUAUAAUUCUCUAAAUAAUUUUAGAGCUCCAGUGAGAAAAUACAGAAACUCAAUUCCUCAGUUUUAUGCUUACAUUUAAAGCUCAGUAUACAGUUAAAGUGAAAAGUUUACAUACAAAAUGCAUGUUAUUUUUUAUUUGAUACUGACCUGAAUAAGAUAUUUCUCAUAAAAGAUGUGUAAAUAAUCCACAAGAGAAAAUAAUAGUUGAAUUUAUAAAAAUGAGCCUGUUCAAAAGUUUACAUAUACUUGAUUCUUAAUACUGUGUUGGACCUGAACAAUCCACAGCUGUGUUUUUUGUGUGUUUAGUGAUAGUUGUUCGUGAGUCCCUUGUUUGUCCUGAACAGUUAAACUGCCCACUGUUCUUUAGAAAAGUCCUUUAGGUCCUACAGAUUCUUUGGUGUUUCAUCAUUUUUGUGUAUUUGAACCCUUUCCAACAAUGACUGUAUGAUUUUGAGAUCCAUCUUUUUACAAUGACGACAACUGAGGCACUCAUUGGCAACUAUUACAGAAGGUUCAAACACUGAUCCUUCAGAAGGAAAAGCGAUGCAUUAAGAGCAUUUUUCAAAUUCAAAAAGUUUUCACCCACCCACCCCAACCUCUUCACAGAUGCAUCAUUUUUCCUUGUGAAGCAUCAGUGAGAGUUUGAACCUUCUGUAAUAGUUGCAUAUGAGUCCCUCAGUUGUCCUCAAUGUGAAAAGAUGGGUAUAAAAAUCAUCAUUGUUGGAAAAGGUUCAAAUACACAAAUAUGCUGAAAAACCAAAGAAUUUGUGGAAACUGAAGGAUUUGUCUGAAAAAACUGCAGGCAGUUUAACUGUUCAGGACAAACAAGGAACUCAUAAACAACUAUCACUAAAAAAAACAAAAACAAAAAACAACAACAAAAAAUCAUUGAUGUCUCAGGUUACAACAAAGUAUUAAGAAUCAAGCAUGUAUAAACUUUUGAACAGGGUCAUUUUUAUAAAUUCAGCUAUUAUUUUCUCUUGUAAACUAUAUGUAAACGUCUUUUAUGUGAAAUAUCUUAUUCAGGUCAGUACUAAAUAAAAAAUAACAUGCAUUUUGUAUGAUCCCUCUUAUUUUGGUAAAAUAAAUAACAUUUUGCAAGUUCUGCAAGGUGUAUGUAAACUUUUGACUUCAACUGUACAUCAUUCAAUUUCAAAUUAAAAUACGGGUUUGGAACAAUACAAGAGUAAAAAUGAUGACAGGAUGAGAUAGAAUGUGGUUGAUGAAUGAAUGCGAAAAGGAAUUUAGUGAUCCGACAUAUUGCAGUAGAUAUAUUUUUCACAGGUUCAUUAAUUUAAAGAAUGUAGACUAUUUGACAGGUAAGAAUUAUUGUACAAAUACCUGCAUGUAGAAAUAACUGAUCAUCCACCAUUUAACCUGUAAUGUAUUCAGUUUUUAUAGUAUGCGGUCAUGAGUGUCCUAAAUGAUGUCAUUAGGCAUAAUGAGGUUUUUGAAUGUCUUAAAAGAGGAAACAUAGGAAUUGAACAGAGAAUGUUGUUUUCUUUUUUGUGUCUGAGUUUACUUACUGAAAUUACAACAAUUUGUCACCUAACGUUAUUACAGUUCAGCACUUAUUUAUCCUAACAUUCAAAAGUCUGUGAUCAAUAAGAUUUUUAAAAUGUUUUUAAAAGGUCUCUUUGAGGUCUUUUUACUCACCAAGGCUGCAUUAAUAUCAUCAAAAACACAGUAAAAAUGAAAUAACCAUAAUUUUCAACAGCCAUAUCUUCAGUAUUUAAUGUUACAUGAUCCUUCAGAAAUCAUUAUAUUCUGAUUUCUUCUUAUUAGCAAUGUCAAAACGGCUGUACUUUUUUUCCCCCAAGACUGAAUAUUUUAAUGCAUCCCUGUUCAGUAAAAGUAUUAAUUUAUUUAAAAGAACAAAGCAAAGAAAAAAAAAACCUCAAACUUUAUUUAUUUAUUUUUUAAAUACCCACACAAUGUCCAGGAAGAAACCCCAAAAGCCUUAAACCCAAUUUCUUGCUUAAUUUAUUAUUUUUAAACACAUUAAUGUAUUGUGUAGGAAUGUCCAGGUAUUUCACGUGUUAUCGGUUUAUGUUUGACUGUAUACUUGUUCCGUAUGUUGUAUGUGCUGCCAGGUGUAAUAUGUCAAACUGUCACAGCAGCCUCGUGUCAGCUUUGAUAGGCCAGAUGCACAUAGUUCAUAAACGCUUUCAAUUGAUCGUGUGAUCAUAUCAGUGAACACAGUCUAAAUACACACCUUUACCAUCAAAACUGGAAAGGAUGCCUGAUAGACAGGUUUAGUGAGGGCCAGUGAAUUAUCACACAGCAGUGUACUAUAUUGACAAUACAGCAUAACACACCUGUGAAUACUGCAUUGGGACAAUCAUUACAUCAUGUUUAACCUCAUCAGCUCCUGGUGUAUAAAGCUUCUGCUCUGCAUUAAUAACCUCUGUGAUAUCUGAGCCUAGUUUCGUUUCAGCACAUCUAGAACAAACAACAUAAAAAUAACCCAAACGUGAUUUAGUUUCUAUUUUAACAGUAGCUGUCACCCAAACUAGUUCAUUUGAAAAGCAUCUCAGGAGAUCUCUAAAGAAUAAAGCCAGAUCUGCUCUUUAAAUCUUUACUUCAUGCGUAAACCCCUGCAAUAGGAUUGUAUAGAAACCUGUGUGUAAAAUUUGCUAACAAAAGCAGAAGUAUUGUUUUUCUUGAUUCAUAUGGGCUGUUUGUUUGUUACUGGAUGUUUAAUAAACUGUGCUUUGUUUUUAGAAAAA